UCUGGGCCGGGUCCACGGUGACGCCAUCAACCCAGCACCUGGCCAACAUGGAAGGUGGCGACGGCGGCGUCGUUGUGGCUGGCCUUGGGGCUCUGGGCUCUGGAGCGGCUGCAGCGACAGUCCGGGAGCUUCUGCAGGACGAGUGUUAUAGUGACUUUCUAAAUGAAGACUUUGAUGUCAAGACUUAUACUUCCCAAUCUAUUCAUCAAGCUGUAAUUGCUGAACAACUGGCAAAACUUGCCCAAGGAAUCAGUCAGUUGGAUAAAGAGCUACACCUACAGGUUGUUGCAAGACAUGAAGAUUUGCUGGCACAAGCAACUGGGAUUGAGUCUUUGGAAGGUGUUCUUCAGAUGAUGCAGACAAGAAUUGGAGCCUUACAGGGAGCUGUUGAUAGGAUGAAAGCAAAAAUUGUUGAGCCAUACAACAAAAUAGUAGCCCGUACUGCACAACUCGCAAGACUUCAGGUUGCCUGUGAUUUGCUUCGGAGGAUAAUACGCAUCUUGUAUCUCAGUAAGAGACUCCAAGGACAACUGCAGGGGGGAAGCAGAGAGAUAACAAAAGCUGCUCAGAGUCUCAAUGAACUUGAUUAUCUUUCUCAAGGAAUAGAUCUUUCUGGAAUAGAAGUAAUAGAAAAUGAUCUACUCUUUAUUGGAAGAGCUCGACUUGAGGUGGAAAAUCAAGCUAAGCGCCUACUGGAGCAGGGUGUGGAGACUCAGAAUCCAACUCAAGUCGGAACAGCUCUUCAGGUUUUCCAUAAUCUUGGGACUUUGAAGGAUACUAUUACCAGUGUCGUGGAAGGAUAUUGUGCUACCGUAGAAGAAAAUAUUAGCAGUGCAUUAGACAUCAAAGUUUUGACUCAGCCUUCCCAGUCAGCUGUGAGAGGAGGGCCUGGACGAUCUACCAUGCCAACCCCAGGAAAUACUGCAGCUUUUCGUGCUUCCCUUUGGACCAAUAUGGAGAAACUUAUGGAUCAUAUCUGUACUGUUUGUGGGCAGGUACAACAUCUACAGAAAGUAUUAGCCAAGAAGAGAGAUCCUGUUUCUCACAUUUGCUUCAUUGAAGAAAUAGUUAAGGAUGGACAAUCUGAAAUUUUAUACACGUUUUGGAAUUCAGUUACUCAAGCACUUUCUUCUCAAUUUAACAUGGCAACAAAUUCUUCUAUGUUUUUGAAGCAAGCAUUUGAAGGAGAAUACCCUAAAUUAUUGCGUCUUUAUAAUGAUUUAUGGAAGCGACUUCAACAAUAUGGUAAAAAUAUUCAAGGGAAUUUUAAUGCAAGUGGAACUACAGACCUCUAUGUUGACCUACAACACUUGGAAGAUGAUAAACAAGAUAUAUUCAUACCAAAAAAGCCAGAUUAUGAUCCAGAAAAGGCUUUGAAAGACUCACUGCAACCCUAUGAAGCUGCUUAUCUAUCAAAAUCCUUAUCGCGGCUCUUUGAUCCUAUCAACUUGGUUUUUCCUCCUGGUGGUCGUAACCCCCCUUCCUCUGAUGAGCUUGACGGUAUCAUUAAAACAAUAGCAAGUGAACUAAAUAUAGCUGCUGUUGAUGUAAACCUUACUUUAGCUGUGUCAAAAAACGUGGCAAAGACUGUCCAGUUAUAUGGUGUAAAGUCUGAGCAGCUUCUCUGCACACAAGGAGAUGCAAGUCAGGUGAUUGGGCCUCUUACUGAAGGGCAGAGAAGAAAUGUGGCGGUAGUGAAUUCAUUGUAUAAGUUACACCAGUCAGUAGCAAAGGUGGUUUCCAGUCAAAAUGCAUUCCCACCAGCAGCUGAGCAAACUAUAAUUUCAGCCCUAAAGACAAUUCAUGCUCUCAUGGGAAAUGCUAUGCAGCCCUUACUGACUUCAGUGGGAGAUGCGAUAGAGGCCAUAAUCAUCACCAUGCAUCAGGAAGAUUUUUCCGGGUCAUCAUCCAGCUCAGGAACACUCGAGGUGCCUUGUUCUUUAUACAUGAAGGAGCUACAAGGUUUCAUUGCCAGAGUUAUGAGUGACUACUUUAAACACUUUGAAUGCUCGGAUUUUGUCUUCGACAACACGAAAGCUAUUGCCCAUAGAGCAAUUGAACUUUUUGUCCGCAAUGCUAGUCUCAUAAGACCUCUUGGGGAAAGCGGGAAGAUGCGACUUGCUGCUGACUUUGCACAGAUGGAGUUGGCUGUGGGUCCAUUCUGCAGACGAGUAUCUGAUUUAGGAAAAUCUUAUCGAAUGCUGAGGUCCUUCAGACCACUGCUCUUCCAGACAAAUGAAUGUGUGGCCUCCAGUCCUGCUUUGGGCGACAUUAUUCCGUUCAGCGUCAUUAUUCAGUUUUUGUUCACGAGAGCACCAGCUGAGCUGAAAUCCCCCUUCCAGAGGGCAGAGUGGUCCCACGCACGCUUCUCCCAGUGGCUGGAUGACCAUCCAUCUGAAAAGGACAGACUCUUCCUCAUCAGGGGAGCCCUGGAAGCUUAUGUUCAAUCAGUAAGAAGUAGAGAAGGCAAAGAAUUUGCACCAGUUUAUCCCGUAAUGGUUCAUCUGCUUCAAAAAGCUAUGUCUACUCUUCAGUAACAAUUUGAAAUAUUUGUUAAUCUCCAUUUUGCGCUAAGCUAUUCAAGGUUGACAGUUAAACUAAGAAACAUAUAUUCUAAAAGACAGCAACUAUCCACUAUUUUAAGAAUGUAAUUGAUUUCUCUAUUUCCUAUUGAUCUUUUUGUCUGUCUUCAGUACUCCUACUUUGAGUAGCAUAAAAUGUCAAAGUAGAUUUAUCACCCAACCUUCAAACUCCAUGGACCUCAUUUUUCUAAAAGACAUCCAGCUCUAUUCUUCCCUAGCUGAUUUUUCUACAAGGCUGGAUAAAAUUUUUUUCUCAUCAUGUUAACUGUGUCCUCCUGUGGGUACACACACACAAAAUCCCCGCUGCUUUUAAAGGGAUAUGAUCAAGUUAUGUAAUAGAUACCCUGAUUCCCCCAACCCACCUUUUUGCUAAGUAAGUGUAUAGGCUCAGUGGUCCCCAAAUUUGGCCACACAUUAGAAUGACAAGGGGGAGCUAUGAACAUUCCUGAUGCCCAUGUUGCAGCCCAUACUAAUAAAAUUAGACUGAGGAGAGUCAGGCAUCCCCCCAAGGGAUUCCAGUUAUGUACCAGAGUUUGGGAACCACUGGUGUCCUUGUUUAAAAAUGUCAUACUGUGUCUUUAAAUAAAGCAAGGCUUUCUUUACACUUACUGCGUCAUUUUGUUAAAAGCCACUUUUGGGGCCAUGUUAUGGAUUGUGUCACCCCAAAAUACGGGUGGUAAAUCCUAACCUAUAUGGUCACUGUAAGUCAGAAUCGACUCCAGGGCAGUAGAUAAUGCCUCUGGUUAUAAUUCCAUUUGGGAAUGGGUUAUCUUUCCUAUGUUGAUAAGACAGGGUAUGUCUUCAGUCAGUCUCUUUUAGGAUAUAAAAGGUUAAACCAGCCAAAUGAAAGAAUCAGAGAUGGGGGAAGAGAGAUGCUGAGCCACAGAAGAUUGCCCAGGAACAGAAGCUCAGAAAAGACAAGGACCUUCUUCCAGAGCAGACAAAGAAAGGCUUCCCCUAGAGCCGGCACCCUGAGUUCGGACUUCUAGCCUCCUGAACUCGGAGAAAAUAAAUUUGUUUGUUAAAGCUACCCAAUUGUGGUAUUUCUGUUAUAGCAGCACUAAAUAACUAAGACAGGCUGUUUAACCACAUUAUAAAUCUGUCAAAUUAAAAGUAGAAAAUUUUUAUUCUACAAAGAAUCCUUAUAAAUAGUAGAUAAUCUGGGUCUCUAUUUUUGUACUCCCCUUGCCCUGUUAUUAACAUUUUUAUUUUUAAUUAAAAUUUUAAGUCCCCUUAGCUACCUCCUAAUUAUAAAACCAAGUCUUCUUAGUGUUAGGAACGUACCUUCUAUUUCUCACCCCCGAGCCUGGUUAUUCUGACAACUCAUGCAUGAUAUUCAGUCAAGGUUAAUCACCACAAGUCAGAGAUAAACUUUUUUUUUCUUCAUUUUAUUUGAAAUAAUAUACAAGAAUAUAGUGUGCAAAAUUUAGGGGCAACAUCAUGAAGAAGUGUAAUGAACUGAAAUCAAUUUUACAGCUGUGAUUCCUAACCAGAAACACCACUUGGUAAGUAACAUGAAAAGCCAUGAUUGUAGCUCAGAGCAAAAGCAGCUGUAUUGCCAAUGUAUUUGCUCUAAUUUUAGACGGAGGAAAAAGUAAAGUGCAAGUGUUGCACUGCAGAAGUGCAAAGUCUGCCCCCACCAUAAAGAUACGAUGACAAAAUAAGGUAUUUAGGAUACGUGGCUGAGGAGAUAUAGAACACAAAGUUAAAAAAUACAAUGGUGUCGACUGUUAAUAGCACCAUUACAGUGACUAUAUCCCAAUGCUAUUAACUAACUUAUCUUGACCUAGGCUAGGUCUCCAUUGGAAAUAAUGGAUAGGUGCUGCCACCUGGUGCACAAACUCAGCAUCCUGUGGUAACUGCAGCAGGUGGCUCUGGGACACUGACACCAUCCACCUGAAACAUAUCCUGGCAGCCUCUUGGCACUGGCCAGACUAGGAGCUCCCGUGUUUGGCACAGAUGCUGGGCCAUGUGGUGGCUGCUCAAAAAAAGGCCAACUCCCAGUUUCUGCUUCAUUCCAUCAUGUGUACAAUACAGAUUAAUAAGCAGUAAGGAGCCAAUGUAUAAACAGCAGUUACAUAUUUUUAAAUUCUUUUGUACAAUUUAAAAUAAAACAUGUAUACACUUCUCCUCUCUUUCUACUGUACUUUAGCACCACAGGAUAUCAAUUUUCAAGCCUAUAUUACCUGAUAGACAUAUAUGAAGUUUGGAAGAAAAAUAAGGCAAUUUGGUUUACAAUGUUGAUAGUUUUAGCUUACUUAAUGCUCUAAUGGAGAAAGCAAAUCCUCACUCAUAUUAUUAAAUCAUUUCAAGAUUCAAUACUAUCAGUAUUUCAUGGUCACACGAAUUCAGGACAAAGGGUGAGACCUUAAUCUUCUUAAGUCUUUCCAUCAAGAGUCAAAUGUUUAUGCAAAUAUAGACUUAAGAACAUCGCAUCCUGGUUUAAUGUUGUUGUGAGCCCUGUGGAAAUAAAAUUAAACUCAGUGAAUGUUUACACAUCAAUACAUAGUGAUUCUACAUAUGAAAGCUAAGAGGUGUAUAAGACAAUGUUUAUAAAUUUACUAUUUUUUAAAAAAGACUGCUUUCUUAAGGGUGGUGAUUAAUAGAAACCUGCUAAUAUAUUGAUGGCUGAGGCAUCCAGAAAAUUUAUGAAAAUGAUGACAGCAAAGAAAUGGGCUAAGAUGAAUAGAAAAAGGGAUACAGGCAAAGUCCUACCACAUGAAAUUCCAAGUUAAUAAAGAACUUCAAAAAUCCAGUUCAGCCACCCUCAUAUAUAUUGGAAUCUGACUACUGAAUAAUUCUUUAAAAUAAAUUCUUGAAAAAUUUUAACAGAUGUGACCUAUGUGACACUACAAAACAAGCUUAACUACAAAGAAUGAAUUAAAAUUAAAAACAUCCUUGGCCAGCUCUCCUACUGCAAAGUACUGACAUCUUCCCUAUAGUUUUUAGGGAUACUUCAAAUUGAGCCCGUUCUGUUCUAUCAUGUGAAAUUUUCUUGUAAUUAAUCUAAAAAAACUUAAAAGUUGCUGGUCUAGUAAUGGAAAAGUUUUAAGAACCAAGUCUAUCCAAGACAGUAUUAUUAUGGGGCAAACUUACACUUCCUGUGCCUUUACACUUCCUCUCUUUCCUGACAUUUUAAUCUAGAAAUGCGGUGCAAAUGGGAAAAGUUCCAUGAAGGUUGGUUAAUGUACCUCCCCACACCUCCAACCCUCCUUAGUCCCUCACCAAUUAAGGACAGAAAGGCUGUUGAGACAUACCACCAAAAAUCAGGGAAGUUUUCUCCUGCGCUCUUAAUGGGUUAAUAGUGUUCGGCUUUCAACCCAACUAGAAAUACUACAUUUCAGGAUUACUUUUCCACCUCAAUAUUUAGGCCAAACAUUCUUCUCCAGCUUGCCAGAGACUUCUACUUAACAUGCUGAAAUAGUGACACUUAAUGGUCAAAAGAAAGGCAGCCCUCCUUACAUAAGAAUGUGAAAAUAUUAUUAAAGGUUUUGAAGUAUAAAAAUGCUGAGAAAUAGCAUCAACACAACCUUUUAAAGGUUAUAACAAUUGCCCCGACAUGCCAGUUCAGCUGUGGGGAUAAAUCAAGAUGAUUUUAUGCAACUACUUCGUGAAACAUACUGAAUUGGUUCUUUUCCUUUUCCAACAGUCAGGAUUUAAACGUUUUUGUUCUUCAGCCAAAGCCUUUGCUUCUAAUGUGUACAUCCUUCUCUCUUCAUUCUUCAUUUUCUUCCACCUGUCACCAAGGAUCACACUUAUGGCUCUGUAAAAUAAAUAUUUACACAAUGCUAAAGACAAGAAGUUUUCAUAAAACUAUCAAAGUGGUAUUACUUCUGUAAAGUUUAAAAAAAAAAAGAUGAGCAUCUUGUCCAACAUAAAACCCAAAAACCAGACCCACUGCCAUGAAGUUGAUUCCAACUCAUAGCGACCCUAAAGGACAGAGCAGAACUGCCCCAUAGAGUUUCCAAGGAGCACCUGGUGGGUUCAAACUGCCAACCUUUUGGUUAGCAGCAGCAGCUCACCGUAGCUCUUAACCACUGAGCCACCAGGGCUCCAUCUCAAAUGGCUAGGAUACAUUUGAAAUUGGAUGAAUAAUAGUUAAAGUAUUUCCUUUAAUUCUAGCUUUAUUUUUUUUUAUAAAGCUAGAAUUAAAAGAAAUACUUUAACUAUUAUUUCAAAAAAAAAAAAGGUCGAAAUUUCCACUAGAUCUAUCCUGACACAUCGAUUUUAAAAAGAUAUUUAAGAUAUAAAGGCAGAUAAUGUUCAGAAUCAGCAACAUCAAGUAUACAGCUAGUAUUAAAACUAUUCUUACUUUCUGUUUAUGCCUAUAACCCACCAAAUAGUUUGACAAACGUCCUUUUUCAUUCAUGCAACCCCAGUGAAAAAUGUGGUAGCAUUAAUUAUGCACGCCUUGCUGUUUAUCUCCUAAGAUGACACCAUGUAAACCUUUGGCAAUAUUCAUACUUACACUUAGGAAAAUUAAACUCAAAUGGUUAAGUCAAACUGAGAGAUACAUGAUAUAAAUUUGAAGCUAUUUGCUAUUUAUACAUGUUACUCUGCUCCCAAACCUGCUAAUGCAGUUUUACCCAGGACACUUAGAUGUAAACCACUUUCCUCCUAUGGAAAAGCUUUUAGCCACUUAUUUUAUGACACAACACAGGAGAUCCCAAAACAUCUUGCACAAAGUAUCUACAAGUGAUUUUAUACUCUGAUGCAGAAGUUAAAGAGAUCAGCAUCUGUUUCAGAAGAACAGUAACCACCACAGAGGUUCUACUACUAAAAAGGAAAUUAAAUAUAUAGUAAGUAUAUUUGUCUUUUUAUCCAAUUAAGUUUUGCAAUUAAGCACUGUAUUACAUCUUCCUUUAAUAAAAUAAAAACUACUUUUUUAUAGUCUUUGGGUUGAAGGUACCAUAUAAUUUAUAUUUUUACCAAUUAAAUAACAGUCACACAUACGCCCAUUUCAGUCUUCCAAGGUAAUUAUGAAAUAUUUCUGAAGGAGACAGUUAUGCUACCUUCAUUUACGGUACCUUGAAAACCUUCAUUUAAAUUAAAAGAUGAUGGCUAAUGAAAUGUGCCCAAUACAGACUAUCAGCUCCUCUACAUUAUUUAUAAGUUACCUUUCCUUGACAAUUAUCAAAUAUACACUUAAUCGAAAAAUUAGUUUUGCAGCUGAAGUUUACAUCAAACUUAAAAUGAUAUCCCUAAGUUAUGUAUCUCUCUGACCUAUCUGUUCCAGUCUCCAUUUCCUCACAAUUUGCCCCAUAAUGUAGACUUCUUUAUUGAAUUAAGACAUAUCCUUAUUACAGAAAGGGAAAAAUACAAGUUCAAAAUUAAAAUUCAAUAUAAAGAUAAGAUAGGUGUGCAUCUGGUAUCACUCAAUGUUAGAUGAUUACAACAUAUCACAUGGGAGCAGUGCUAAAAGUGCAAAGACAUACUAUGAUUUAUAAGCAAUAAGGGGUAUAACCUGAUAACUAGAGAUCCUAAAAAAAAAAAAGAAAAAGAAAAACAAUAAACUUAAGGAAGCUAAACUGAGGCUGACACUCUUCUCAUAAUCAGGGUAGUCUUAACUACCCAGAAAGCUUCCUUGCUGAGACUCUCAAUUGUUGGGUGAAGAGGAUUGUAAAGGAAUCCUAUUCUAGCCCUGCUUCUGUAUCAUAUUGAAUAAUCAGGCACCGGAUGUGCACAAAGUCCUACACAUACCAUCCCUGUGGGACGAGACAAGGAGAAGUGCUGCAUGGCUCCAGUAAGUCAAUCUCUAAGGCCAGCCAUUCUCUCAGUUUUAAAAAAAGAGGAGUAAUAGUGUAAAUUAUUCUUAAAGUGCUUUUAUAUUCUAAAAGUAUACAUUUUCUUGAGAAAAUCACCUACUAGUCAUCAGAGAAGUAGACUUCCGAACUGAAUUUUUAAAAAACAAUACAGCUUAACCCACUCUUCUUACCGAUAAACGAAAAGAUUAGAAUUAGAACUUUGGGUUUUUUGGUUUAAUAGCCCAAAGCUACAAAAGUGACAAAGCCAAGAGUUAGAAAAUUUCAGUGGUGUUGAAAAGGCCCACAGAAUUCUUGACUCAGUAAUUCUACAUUUAGGAAUUGAUUCUAAAGAAAUAAACAGGAUCUAGGACAAAGAUUAUUAAUGUUACUUGUAUGUUUUAAUGUAAACUGACAAGAAAUAUGCAUAAACUCCCAAAUCAGAUGCAUUUGGGAUAAGAAGCUUCUCUUUUAAAAUGUAAUACUUAGAAUUAAGCUUAUCAGACAUUCAAACCUGAAUUAAUAACCGAGUUAUUUUAUAUGGAUAUCAUUUUGGCUUUCCUCAUGAGAUCAAGGGUAAGGAAAAUGAUAGUUUUGAUUAAGAGGGAAAUAGGAAGACUGGAAGAAUAUAAUUCACAGAGAACUUGGUUGGUUUGAGAGGGAGGGAGCAGUAAAGGACUGUAAGGGACAAGUAAGGGUACAAAAAAGAAAGGAAGGAUUUGAGUUUUUAUUCCUGGCUCUACAGAGGACAACUCUUAAGGUCAGUCAGCACUUCCACAAAUCUGGCAUCUUAAUAUAAACUGCCAAUGUCCGCACAUUCUGUAGCAUGACGUAGUUUUAAAAUAAGUACAUCCUUUAGAUCUGAGGAGCCCUGGUGGCACAGUGGGUAGGUGCUUGGCUGCUAACCAGAAGGUCAACAGUUCAAACCCACCAGCCACUCCUCACGAGAAAAACACGACAGUCUGCUUCCAUAAAGAUUACAGCUUUGGAAAUCCUAUGGGGCAGUUCCAGGGUCACUACAAGUCAAAACUGACUUAAUGGCAACUGGUUUGGUUUUUUUUUUGAGAUCUGACAAAAAAAGAGCUAGUCUUUUCUAUAAAGCUCCCAAAAAACAAUGAAUGGAGAUCUGUGUUGUAUAAAAUCUCUGCUACCUUUAAAUCCUUCAGGAUAUUCUACAGAAUGAACAUGAGGUAACCACCACCUUCUCUCCUUAAAGAAAAUAAAAAUGGAUAUUCUGCCUAGCCCAAUUAUUUAAGAAAUUAUUCUUAAGAGUUCCUUUACAUUCUAAAAGAUACUGCUUAAGUAUUACAGACACAGCUAAAAUGAAGAGACUAGUGUUACAUGAUGACAAGGUACUUGAAGAUGAAGAUUUUUCAAAACUGGAUUUGGAAGAUGAAUAAAGUUAGUAUUUGGGGAGGGGUUAAUUGAAGGCGGCUUAUGAAAUUUAGUUAUUGCCUCAAAAAAGUUAAUAGCGCUAAAAUUUAAAUAUAUUCCUGAUCUAGAAGCAGUUUUCAUGUUUUAGUAUUAACCCUAAACAGUAAAUACCUGAGUCUUCCAUUUUUUAAUGUCUUUUAUUUUUUUUUUACAAAAGAAUUAUUGUUUUCAUGAAAUAUUCAAGCUAAGUGAAACAGUCUGAGCUAAAUUAAACUUUUAUUAACAUAAGGUGGUAAUGUUGUUGUUAGUUGUCAUCAAGUCGGCCUCCGACUCAUGGCAACCCAUGUACAACGGGAUCAGAUCAUUGUGAUGGGUUUUCAUUGGCUGAUUUUUCAGAAAUAGAUAGCCAGACCUUUCUUCCUAGUCUGUCUCAGUCUAGAAGCUCUGCUGAAACUGGUUCAGCUUCAUAGCAAUGCAAGCCUCCACUGACAGAUGAGCGCACUGGAAGUGCAACAGCCUGAGAAUUAAACCUGGGUCUCCUACAUGGAGGCGCGAAAUCUACCAAUGAACCAUCACUGCCCCCUCAAAGUGGUAAUAUAUACAGUGGCAAUAGAAUAUUUUAAAUACUUGCAUCAUUACACAUUAGAAGUCUGGUUCAAGAAGCUACUUACUGAUUUUUUCCCCUCCAAAUCUGUAACAACAGGCUUAGAAUAAGAACCUCAAAGUUAUUCUUAUUUUCUACCUUUUCUUUGUUCAUACUGAUAGAAUAUGGAGGAGAAAGAUCCCUCUGGAAAACUUUGCUGUAUUUCUAAAACAUGAUCCAAAGAAUAUCUUUAGUAAUUAAGUUAAAUGUUUUUUAUAGAGCUUAAAUCUAUGAAAAUGCCAGGAUGCUGAAAAUUUCUCAAAUUUAUCCAAUACCUUGCUCCAAAAGCUGGACCUGUCAGUUGUUAGAAGUAUGCUUUCUAACAGACUAAUGACAUUAUUUCUGAAAAGGUAGAUACUUACCAUUUAUGUGCCCUAACUGCCUAUCUAGGUAUUAUAAAAUGGUUGUGCAUGGUCCUAAAAAUUCCACUUAAGCUUUUCAUUUUAAAGUCCAUCUGAGAAAAUAAAAAGAAUUCAAUAAUAAAAGCUGUUCAAGAAUAAGUUCAUUUAACUAUCCCAGUUACUGAGAACUGCACUGAAAUGUUAUUCAAUUAUAAUCAGAAUUAUCACUAUUUUUACCUGUUAUCUUUCCCUGGAUACAUCUGAGUAUAUUCAACUCUGUAUUUUUUGGCAAAAAGCAUGAAGGCAUUCAUUGGUCUUUUGCAUUUGUUAGGAGAAGUGGCACUCACAGUCCCUGAGCUGUGAUUUUUAACAGCUUUAGCAUACAAAGAAUUGGAAGAGAGCUGUGAUGAUCCAGGUGAGCCACAGUUUUUACUGAAUCCUGAUCUGGCAAAGUCUUGACCACCAGGUCCUCCACAAGACAAAGAUGCACGACGCUGACGAGCCAUACUACUUAACACAUACACUGCAGAAGAAUCCAGAGGUGUGAAGUCAUAGCUAUAAAAUGAAGAGAAAAAAAAAAAAAAGGAAGAAAGAAACAUGGUUUUAAUUCCAUUUAGAUUACCCAGUUUGUAAAAACCGAGUAAAUUUUUUAAAAAGCAAGAGCAAAAAACCUUUAACAGUUGACUGAAAUGUCAAUAUAUUCACCCUACACAAUGUUACCGAAACUAUACUUUAACCUCCCCAUUGAUAGUUGCUUGUAAGAUGAAACCUUACUUAUCUAAGUUAUGUAUCCAAUGACUAAACUUACUAAUUUAAAAAAAAAAAAACCUCUCCUGAAAAGAAGGAAGUUAAUUUAAAAAAGACUUUGAGCCCCCCAUAGGGAUCUGUUAUAAUCCACAUACUUCACUGACCCCAAGCACCUCCUCCUGAUCCUACUCACAACCCAUUUAUUCUUAAAUUAGAUUCAAUUUUGACAAAUUUGACAAUGUGAUUUCUUGGCCUAUAGGAGUUUAACCAAAAGAAAACGAAACCCAGUGCCAUGGAGUCGAUUCUGACUCACAGCGACCCUAUAGACCUAGAAAAUUAAGAUACAGUGGCAGGUCUGGGGACUGACUACCACAGAAGAAAAAAGGUAAGUAGACACUGGUACUUAAAACUGUUAAAAUCAGCUAAAGGAACACAAAAUGCAUAAGCAAUCUGAGUCAUCUGCAUAGGGACAAAUACUCGUACAUGUAUCAGUAUCCCUAGAAGGCCAUCCAUGUACUACAGCAUAGAUGACUAACUUAAAAGUUCACACUGAAAACACAGAUUUAUCAGGGAGUGCCGUAUUUUGUUUUGUAUAAAUCUGAAUAGUUUUGAGAGGCACAGAAAUAAGCCAUCUAUAUUAUACCUUAUCUCUUUAAAAAGCCUGCUUGGAAGGUAUCAUUACCCUCCUCUUUGAUAUGUGGAAACAGUCUAAGAAAGUAUUAUUACAAAGGCCACGCUGCUAUAAUUCAAACCCAGAUCUAUCCGCUUCCCAAACCCCCAGUUUCCUAACCACAUGAUGCUACUUCUCAUUGCCAAAUAACUGAAAAGUCAUCAACUAAAGUCAAAGUGAACAAAAAAUAUUAAUUAAUAAUAUUAGCUGAAACUUAAAGCUACUGUAGACCAUAGCCUACAGGCAACACCGGUCAAAAGAAUUCUCCUGUUCCAACUGUGCCAACUCUUUCCGCCCACACUUUUAUACCUUCUUGGUAAAAAACCUUUAUUCAGCUUUUAGUCUGAACCCAGCUUCCACUUCUCUCACUGAAACAAAUUCUGGUAAUACAGCAAAACAGGCUGAUACUAGCUGUUAUGGAUCAAAUUAUGUCUCUGAAAAAUGUGUGUUAUUAAUCCUAAUCUCUAUGCCUGUGGUUGUAAUUCCAUUUGGGAAUGGGCUGUCUUUGGGAUGUUAAUGAGGUAGGAUUAGCACAAGGAGUAUCUUGAGUCAAUCUCUUUUGACAUAUAAAAGAUUAAACAAGUGAGCAGAGGAGAGAUGGGGCAAGACAGAUGCCUAGACACAUGGAAAUUUCCAAGGAAGAAGAAGCUGAAGAGACAAAACACCUUUCUCCAGAGCCGACAGAGACAGAAAGCCUUCCCCUAUAGCUGGUGCUCUGAAUUUGGACUUCUAGAUUGGAUUAUGAAUUAUUCCAAAGACAGAAGAUGGCUAAAUGAGUUCCAUACUAUUCACUAACACAAAUGGCUUCUAAUUAUCAAUCACACAAUGUCUUUUUUAAAAAAAGGUAGUACAUGAAAUAAAUGUACUUAAACUAUGACUCUAAAAUCAUCUAAUAAAUACUUAGCAAUCAGUAGUGUGUCUGAAGCAAUUCUGUCUAUAGGGUUUCAACUUCCACAAAAUCCCUUUAGCCCCUCCCACACAUAGUUUUUAAAAAUAGCAACCAUACGCAUUAUAAAUGAAACUGACACAAAAUUAUUAAUCUCUACUAAGGAAAUGGAAAUCCUGGUGGUUAAGAGCUACAGCUGCUAACUAAAAGGUUGGCAGUUCGAAUCCACCAGGCACUCCUUUGAAACCAUGUGGCAGUUCUACUCUGUCCUAUAGGAUUGCUAUGAGUUGGAAUUGACUCGACAGCGAUGGGUUUGGUUUUUUUGGGUACUAAAGGAAAAUAUUUAAUCACAACUUGAAAUACCAGAAGAUUUUAAAAUAGGGUAGAUAACGGCACUAGGUUAACGCUAAAAUAUGAAACUCAAAAAAAAUUUUUUUUUGUGCCUCUAGGGGCACAAAUAACAACCAUCAUCUAUUCCCAUUAUGGAUACAACUUAAAUCAAUCUGAAAUAACCAUAGAAUUUCUGACAUGACUGUAGUGUUAAAACAGGACACAUGAUUCUAGAAAAUAGCUAAAUCCUCUACUAUACCCCCUCAGAUAAGCAUCUGUUCUUAUUACACUACCUGCAUUCUCUGGAACGUGCCUUUUUUCACAUCUCUACAUUUUGUACAUGCCAUUCCUGCAGCUUAGAAUGCCUUUCCCCACAUUCUUUGUCAAAUCAUUUAAGAUUUCACAAUGUAGUGCCUUUGAAAGUCACAUCACGUAAGUUAUAAUGUCACAUAUACUGACUCAUUUAAUCCUCCCUACAAUAUUAUCCCCGUUUUACAGAUUGGAAAAAAGAACCAUCAAAAGGUUAAUGUACCAAAGAUUCCACAGCUAGUAUGCUGCAAAGCCGGGAUUUGACUAGGCAGUGCAGCUCCGGAGCUCAAGGUCCUGGCAGGAUACGAUACACUGCCUCUCAACCAGUAUACCACAUCAUGUAUUUACUAAUCCAUUUCCUUCUCGAGACUGGAAACAAAGCAGGCAAGGCCUACGUUUUAACUGAUUUUAAACCCCCAAUGCCCAGCACAUACAUAACUAGGCUCUAAAAUAUUAGCUCAGUGACUGGACAGGUUAAAUCAUGAAGCAAAACUGUGCAGAACAUAAUACUGUGAAAUUUUAAUUGGGUUCAAAAUCUGCCCUUAGACGAGUAAUAUGAGCGAGCUUGUGUAAGUUAAAUAAACCAUCUAGCCUGAGUUUACUUAUCUGUAAAAUGAAGACAAUGCAUGUUUUGCAGUACUGCAGAAAGAAAACAUAUGUAAAGUACUUAGACAAGGUGGGCACAUAGUAGGUACUUAAUUAGGGGUAUCUAUUAUUGGAACCGACUCAAUGGUAACAGGUUAUUAUUGUGGAGCCCUGGUGGCGCAGUAGCUAAGCAUCUGGCUUGCUAACUAAAAGGUCGGCAGUUCGAAUCCACCAGCCGCUCCUUAGAAACCCUAUGGGGCAGUUCUACUCUGUCCUAUAGGAUUGCUAUGAUUCGGCAUCAACUCAACAGCAACAAGUUUUUUUUAAUUAUUAUUGUAGAAGUGGCCUAGAUUAGUACAUAAGAUUAGGACAUACGAGUAGUGAAUUUGGAAUCUUUACAAGACGUAAGCUUGACUCCUAGUUAUACUUACCGGCUAUGUUUUGGGCAUGUUCCCUCUCUUUGUUUUAGUUCCCCCUCUGUUAAGAGGACAAUAUAAUCUACUAAUAGAGUAGUGAAGAUUAUGUCAAUGUAUGUACAGUGCCUGGUACACAGAGUAGUAGGCACUCAUUUCAGUUUGUCUGUUAAAUUAUCAUUUCACUUGAAUAGAAACGUAAACUUUACAAAGUCAAAAGGGACUGCUUUAAACUUGCCCGAUACCCAAAAGGCUGGCCUCAAUUCUCAAUGCCUCAGAAUGAGCUUUCAAAAACCAUGCUCUCACUUGGAAUCUUUUUCUUCAAGAGAGCCUCAACUGGUGUUUAAGAGAGCAUUCACUGCUUGCUGCCUUUUGGUCCUUACCAAACUAGAAUCUGCUUAAAUGUCUUUCCUUGUACAUCAUGACCCAAAAGCUUCCCCCAAGUCCCCAAGUGGUACCUUGGAAUUUAUUCCGGGGUCCUCUCUUGGACUAAGGGUUUCUUCUUCCUGCCUUUCUUUCCCUUCUUGCCCUCCCUAUGUCAGGCAAACCCCCCACCAAGACAUAAUUCCAUCCACAAUUACAUAAUGCAUGUUACAUAUAAUAUUUAAAGACUAUAAUAUAAAUUUAACUGUAUUUACAAUUUUAUUAAAUAUAUUUCCAAAGAAUGUGAGUCCAUAAAAAACAAAAUCACACUAUAUAUAUUCUGAGACAAUUUUUUACCUAACAUUUCUGAAAUUAAUCCAUGUUUUAAAAUGUACGGUUAAGGUUUAGUCCUCUUCCACUGGCAGAAGAAUUCCACUAUAUAACUGUAUAACAAUUUAAGUAUUCACUUUCCAGUUAAUGGGUACUGAUAUUGUUGCUACUACAGUAAUACAGCUGCAAACCACUUCUCUGGGGUAUAGAUAUACUCAGGAAUGUAAUUGCUCAUAUCCAACUUGACAAGAUAAACCAAAUUACCCUCCAAUUUUUUAUCAGUUUAUACUCGCACCAAAACGUGUAACUUAUAACUGAUCCGUAUCUUAAGAAUAGUUGAAGUGGAGGGGGGGAGGGAGGAAGAGGGGUAUUCACUAAUUAGAUGUAGAUAAGAACUAUUUUAGGUGAAGAGAAAGACAACACACAGUACAGGAGAGGUCAGCACAACCGGACUAAACCAAAAGCAAAGAUGCUUCCUGAAUAAACUGAAAGCUUCGAAGGCCAGCGUAGCAGGGGCAGGAGUUUGGGGACCAUGGUUUCAGAGGACAUCUAAGUCAACUGACAUAAUAAAAUCUAUAAAGAAAACAUUCUGCAUCCCACUUUGGAGAGUGGCAUCUGGGGUCUUAAACGCUAGCAAGCAGCCAUCUAAGAUGCAUCCAUUGGUCUCAACCCACCUGGAACAGAGGAGGAGGAAGAACACCAAAGACAGAAGGUAAUUAUGAGCCCAAGAGAAAGGGUCACAUAAAUCGAAGACUAUAUCAGCCUGCGACCAGAAGAACUAGAUGGUGCCCGGCUACAAUCGAUGACUGCCCUGACGGGGAACACAACCAAGAACCCCUGAGGGAGCAGGAGAGCAGUGGGCUGCAGACCCCAAAUUCUCGUAAGAAGACCAGACUUAAUGGUCUGACUGAGACCAGAAGCACCCCAGUGGUCAUGGUCCCCAGAUGUUCUGUUAGACCAAGACAGGAACCAUUCCCAAAGCCAACUCUUCAGACAGGGAUUGGACUGGACAACGAGAUAGAAAAACGAUACUGGUGAAGAAUAAGCCUCUUAGAUCAAGUAGACACAUGAGGCUAUGUUGACGUCUCCUGUCUGGAAGGGAGAUGAGAGGGCAGCGGGGUCAGAAGCUGGCCGAAUGGGUCAGAAGAGAGAGUGGAGGGAAGGAGUGUGCUGUCUCAUUAGGGCAAGAGCAAUUAGGAGUACACAGCAAAGUGUAUAUAAAUUUUUGUAUAAGAGACUGACUUGAUUUUUAAACUUUCACUUAAAGCACCAUAAAAAAAAAAUUACAAAAAAAAAAAAUACUUGGGGAAAAUAUCAGACCUUAAAGUGGUGUCUUAUCUCUCUAUAAUUUUUCAGUGUGUGUAUGAUGGAUAUAAACAAACAGCAUUUAGAUUCCAAUCUUGCAGACAUUUACUGAACACAGGCCUUAUGCCAGGUCCUAUGUUAUUUGCUUUUCUAAACAGUAAUCUCACUAUUUUUACAAGAUACAUAUAUAUUAACCUUAUAUUUUAUUAUACUAAAUUGAAUGAAAUAAAAUCUAAAAGCCAGUAGAACUCUUGAGAAUUCUCUUAGUGCCCAUGCAUGCUUAUAGAUUUGAUAAUUAUCUUAAAGUCUUAAAAUCCCAGAUACUUGCACACAGACUUUCUCUAGGUAUCUUCUUUUAGUCUAGCCCCAUUUUUCUCAAACUGUAGUAUAAAUAAGAAUUACUCUGUAAGGUUAUACAUACAAAACCAUGCAUACUAUACUUUUUGGGUGAUUUAAAGACCUUCCAAGAGUAAUGCUGACAUACAAGAUUUUUCACCUCACACCUGUACUUUAGAAUCUAGCUCUAUUACCUCAAAACAUUAAGAUGUCAAGUUCAGCUACACAAAUUUCUCAUGCUCAAAAUAACCUACCUAGAAAAGGCAUGCAGUGGGAAAUUAAGAACUGAAAUGAUGACUUAAAACACAGAGUAGUGGAAAUGAGUCUCAGAUCUGGGAGUAAUGUGACCAACUGUUCCAGUCUACCCAGGAUUUAGUACCUCCCAGAGAUGCAGGAGUUUCGGUGCUAAAACCAGCAAAGUCCCAGGCGAACUGGGACAAUUGGUCAACCUUUCUGGGAGUCGGGACAUGUGGGUUCAUUCUGUCACUUACUAGCUUCCUUCUCUAGGUCUUUCCAAAUGUCGAGCUUUUGCUAUUUUUAUUAUUAGCUAAACCAUGCAACUAAUACAUCUGGCAAAAACGAGUAUUAUACAAAGACACAGUUAGUUAAAAUUAAACGAGAGUCAUUUAAUUACAAAUCAUAUUACUAAGAGAUUUAUGAACUAGUUAAAAACAACUGGCCAGAAAGGAUUUUUAUUUAACUAUCAAAACUGAUCUAUUAAACUUGGUCAUAUAACAUGUGUAAUUUUUCCUAAUCUAAUCCUAAAUGUUUUAUAAACUCGCUUUUCCUAUAUGACUGACUGUGCAAAACUCCCCACUUAUUAUAUUACUUUAAUAACCUAAUUUUUAUUUAAUUACAUAUAUACUUUAAGUAACUUUUUUCUAAUUCUCCAAUUUUUAAAGGUUCCACCAAAUCCCUCCUAAAUAUUUGACUAAGCAAUAAUUAGGGAGACUGAGAGGAAACCUUAACCGGAAAAAAAAAAAAAAAAUUUAAUCCAAUAUUACCUUUUAAAUGUAUCAAAAACACCUGAAUCAUCAAAAUUAAUGGCAUCGGGGUGUCCAGGAGGUAGACAUACAUCGCCAAUAUGAAUCUCACAACAUGGAAUGCCAUGCUGUACCACAGUCAAGCUCGGAUAAAAUGAUGACCAACCUGAAGUUAAAUUAAACAACAGUCACACAGAGCUUGGGGAUUAACAGAAAGCACCUCAAUUACUACACAACAGACAUAUCAUUUCUGUGUCUUUAGAAUAAAAAGUUAUUAUUUCAAAUAAGUUCCAAGAGAUUUUCUAACAAAAGUCAUGAAUCUUUGCAAUAAAGCAAGUACUAGACAAGUGUUUCUUUUAAGCUAUGUAAAAAUCCUAUAAAACGAGUUUAAGUCAGCAUUUUACUAACUAGAUCCCUAUGAAUCGCACUUUCAUCAAUCUACGAAAUAAAAACUAAAAAAAAAUUUGCUAUCGGGUCAAUUCUGACUCAUGGCUAUACCAUAUAUUACAGAGUAGAACUGUUUCAUAGGGUUUUCUGGGCUGUAGUCUUUAUGGAACCAGAUCACCAUGACUUUCUUCCGUGGCAUCAUUGGGUGGGUUCGAACUGCCAACCUUAAGGUCAGUUUGCACCACUCAGGGACCUUUAAUCUACAAGACAGUAAGUGAUAAGUGAUGAUGACUGAAUCCACGGAAUAAGUCUCUAAAUUAUUAAACUACAUUUUAUAUGAUGUUACCUGUAAGGCUCUGAAAAGUGAUUCAAGUUUAUAACAUAUCUGAUAACUCUAAACCAAAAUGUCAUUAUCCAGAAUAUUCCAUUCCCCAAACUAUAUCAAGAUAACAGAAAGCUUAUUAGAGUAUGUUACAUGAACAUAAAAAUUUCUUAUACUCACAGGAAGAAGAGUUCCACCUGACUACUGCUAAGAUUGUUAAGCAUCAUUAGGUAUUUUUACAAGCAUCUCCUAUGGCAAUCUUACUUAGUUUGAAAGAAAUUUUCCCUUAAUUUUUUUUUUAAACCAUCAAGGCCACAAGACAUAAUUAAGGACUUAAGAAGUUUUUCUUGAAGUUAAAACAAAUUCAGUUGAAACCCUACCUUUAUUUUUAACAUAGAAAGGGUGGUCCAGCUUACACUCUACAGUAAGUAAACCAUCUUCUACUGUACCAGGAUCAAAAGUCAACUUCAGGACAGACUCGCCAAAUGAUACACUUUCUUCAUGUGAUAACAACUUUAGACCAUCAGAACCAUAGCCCUGAAAACAUAUGCAUAGAGGGAAUGAAUUGGAAAUGUACAAUUCAAGACAUAAUGAAGUUCCUAUUACAUGCAAGACUCUGUGGAAAAGAUAAAAAUGAACAAGACAGGAUCCCUGUCUUCAAGGAGCUUUCAACCUAGUAAUGAAAAAAGACACACAUAAAAAUAAUUGUAACAAUGCAAACUGGAAUAAGCCCUUUAAUUCAAAUGUAAAUAAGCUAAUGGAGUUUAAUAAAGGAAGAUAUUAAUUCCAAAAGACAGAGAUGUUAGGCAGGAUUUUCAGUUUCCAUUUGAACUGGUAUUUAAAAGAAGAAUGAAAUUCAGAAAGGUGGAAGAAGACCAUUUCUUGCACCAGGAACGAAUUUUAAUUAGCAACUUCCUUGGGGAGUGCUGCAUAUUUGCUAAAAAUACAAAGUGAGUUCAGAGCUGGGGGCAAAUAAGGUUGAAAAGGUGGUGCCAGUUAAUAGAGAUCUUGAAGAUGUACAAAGUACUUAAGCUUUCCUUUUAGACAGUACUGGGAAGUCAUUUUUAUUAAUAUGACUGUCGAUUUUAAAAUGAUAACAAUGACUACAGAUCAAUGCAGAUACCUUAAAUAUUCAAUUAUUUGAGGAUAUAAAAAGACACCUUGUUACUGAAUUAACAAGGAAACAAAACCUUAACUAAUGCAGUGGUGGUAAAACCAGAUUAAAUCUAAAUUCAAACUAUAUUUAUUGAGCAUUCAGAACAUGCUGGGUGCUAAACUCGAAAUACAAACAUGAAGAAGACACGAUCCCUACCCUGAGACUCAGAAAAACAAAGGAGACAAACAUGCUGACAGCUAGCUAUACUAUCCAAUCAUUAUUAAACUAGAGCAUGAACAAAGUAAUGAAUGAGAGAAGAAUGACUGUAGAAAAUCUUUAUGAAAAUAGAAUUGAUCAACUGAAUAUGAAGGGAGAAAAGGGAAUUGUAAAAGAUAACUUUAUGGUUUUGAAUCUGAGCAUCAGGAAGGCUAAUAAUUUCUUUAAAAGAAAAGGGAAAGAGUAAGCCGGGAAGGGAAAGAAAGUAAAUCUAGUUUUGGUCAUACUGAGCUGAGCCUGAAGAACUGACUGAUGUUCACACAGAGAUGUUGUAACGUGCAACUGGGAACGUGCAGGUAAGGGCUACAGACAUACAUUCGUAAACAAAUGAAUUACAGAAUCUUAUAAUUCUUAGAAAAGGAGCCCGGGUGGUGUAAUGGUUAAGUGCUCAACUGCUAACCGAAAGGUUGGCAGUUUGAACCCACCCAGAGGCUGCUUGGGACAAAAGACGUGGCAAUCUGCUCCCAUAAAGAUUUCAGCCUAGGAAACCCUAUGAGACAGUUCUACUCUAUCCCACAGGGUCACUAUGAGUCAGAAUCGACUCAACAGCACCUAACAACAACAUAAUUCUCAGAGCUACACUAGUUAAACCUACACGGAUUAAAACUAAUCCAAUCCCAUUUAACAGAUCAGGAAGUCAACACCCAGACAGGUUAACAAUCUGUUCCAGGUCAGUCACACAAAUAGUUACUGGAAGAGCUAGAAGUUUCCCGACUCCAAGUUCAGCCUGUCCCCAGCCCACUAUGGAGCUGCUGCCGACAAUACAGGUAGAGAAGAGUUGGCGAAGAAUGAGGAGGGGCAAAACCUUGUGCUACAUUUGUGGGCAGACAAGUAACCAGUCAAAAAGACUGAGACAUUAGAAGACAAACUGGGGCACUGCCAUGAUACACAAAUCAAAAACAAAAACAAACCAACCCAGUGCCGUCGAGUCCAUUCCAACUCAUAGCGACCCUAUAGGACAAAGCAGAACUGCCGCAGAUAGUUUCCAAGGAGCACCUGGUAGAUUCGAACUGUCAACCCUUUGGUUAGCAGCCAUAACACUUAACCACUACACCACCAGUGCUUCCACACAAGUCAAGGGAAGAUGUUUUCAAGAACUAACCCACUGUGUCAAACGUUGCAGAGAUGUCAAACAGAACAAGCAGAAGUCUCUGGUCGUAGAAAUUAGAAUAAAGCUAGAGGCCUUUGAGACAAAUUUCAGUAAAGUGGUAAAAAGGCCAAAGCCGGCUUCUAUCAUGAAGUAGAGAAAUGAAGGGGGGAAAAAAUGAAGGCAGCCAAAUCAGGACUAUUUUCUCAAGACAUUCAGGGGUAGGGAAUA